UUAUUUUUUUACGAUCGGCUUUGGCGUGUAACCGUGCUUUGGCUCUCUUCCUGCUAUUUAUCCCCAUUUUGUUGUUUAGCCCUCCGGACUAAAAAGUUCUUAGGCUGCACAAUGCUCCGCAUUCUGGGGAGCUUUGUGUUCCCGGAGGCUGCCUGUGAAGCGGCCGAAAGUAAGUCGAGGUACGAAAACCUCUUCAAGAAACUAGAUAGCAACCAGGAUGGUCGAGUGGACAUUGCUGAGCUGCAAAGUGGCCUUAAGGAGUUGGGCAUCCCUCUGGGAGAUGACGCGGAGAAGAAAAUUUUCAGAGCUGGUGACACUAAUCAGGAUGGAAGACUGGACUUUGAAGAAUUUACACAUUAUCUUAAAGACCACGAAAAGAAAAUGAAGCUUGCAUUUAAAAGUCUGGAUAAAAAUAAUGAUGGUAGGAUUGAAGCCUCAGAGAUAGUUCACUCCCUGAAGAUACUGGGCAUAGAUAUUUCUGAAAAGCAGGCAGGCAGGAUUCUGCAAAGCAUGGAUGCCGAUGGGACAAUGUCAGUGGACUGGAAUGAAUGGCGCGAUCAUUUUCUCUUUAAUCCUGCUUCAGACAUUCAAGGAAUUGUCCGUUAUUGGAAACAUUCCACAGUAUUAGAUAUUGGAGAUAGUUUAACUAUUCCUGAUGAAUUCACUGAAGAAGAGAAGAAGACUGGCCAGUGGUGGAAGCAGCUUUUGUCAGGUGGAGUUGCUGGGGCCGUGUCUCGAACAGGCACAGCACCCCUUGAUCGUCUCAAAGUUAUGAUGCAGGUUCACGGCUCAAAGGGGAAAAUGAACAUAGCUGGUGGCCUGAAGCAAAUGGUGAAAGAAGGAGGAGUCCGUUCCCUUUGGAGGGGAAAUGGUGUGAAUGUUGUCAAAAUUGCACCCGAAACAGCCAUCAAGUUCUGGGCCUAUGAACGGUAUAAGAAAAUGUUUGUUAACGAAGAAGGAAAAAUAGGAACUAUUGAACGAUUUAUAUCUGGUUCUAUGGCUGGAGCAACCGCACAGACAUCUAUUUAUCCUAUGGAGGUAUUAAAAACAAGACUGGCAGUGGGUAAAACAGGUCAAUAUUCAGGAAUGUUUGACUGUGCUAAGAAAAUUUUAAAAACGGAAGGGGUGAAAGCCUUUUACAAAGGUUAUAUUCCUAAUAUUUUGGGAAUAAUUCCAUAUGCUGGCAUCGAUCUGGCUAUUUAUGAG